AUGUCGAUCCACUUUAAGUUCAAGUCGGCCAAGGAGUUCGACACGGUGACGUUCCCGGGCGCCGUGAUCCGCGUGCUGGACCUGAAGAAGGCCAUCGUGGACAAGAAGAAGCUGGCCAAGGGCCUGGACUUCGACCUGGUGAUCACGGACGCGCAGAACGGCAAGGUCUACGACGACGAGAACACGCAGCUGCCGCGCAACACGAGCGUGACGGUCAAGCGCAUCCCCAGCCAGCAGCCGGGCAGCGGCCUGCUGGCCCGCAUGAAGCAGGAGGCGGCCGUGGCCGCGGCUGCUGCGGCCGCGGCGGCCAUCCACGCGUCGCCACCCGUCGCCCCCAUGGCCGGCCCGUCGCCGGUGCUGCCCGUGGGGGUCACGCCCACUCAGCCUACUGGAGAUGCGGCCGCUGGGGCGCAGACGAUGGAAGAUGAACUGGCCGCGCUGCAGUCCAUUCACGAACAGGCCGAGGACAUGCGCGGCUCGAGACUGGGCAAUAAGACGUGGACCGCGUCCAGCGGCAGCAACGCCAACCAUGUGAUGAAUUACUACGCGGCCAAUGGGGCCGGUGGAGAGGCAGGUGGACGAGGAAGUGGAGCUGGUGGCCGUGGCUUUGGCCGUGGCGGCCGCGGUGGAGACUUUGGCGGCCGGGGAGGAAUGAUGAAUGGACGAGGCGGCGGUCGCGGCGCCGGGCCGGGAGGCCCGGGCGGACCGAACUUGUUGGGCAACCCGCCACCCAACUAUGUGUGCUAUCGGUGUGGCACGCCCGGACACUACAUCCAGAACUGCCCCACGAACGGGGAUCCCGAAUUUGAUCAGCACCGUGUGAAAAAGAAAACUGGCAUUCCCAAGUCUUUCAUGAAGGCCGUGAGUGAUCCCAGCGAGAUCCCCGUAGGCGCGGGCAAAACGGUAGUCAACGCGCCGUGGGGCGGGCUAGCUGUGAUAGAACCGCAGAAUAAAAACUUCUCUAAAUUAAUGGCUCGGUCCGGCGGCUCGGCCACCUUGGAUCAAUUCAUCUCGAAUCCACCCGAGCACUUGGCAUGUCCCCUUUGCAGACGGCUCAUGAGCGAUGCCGUGCUCAUCCCGUGCUGCCAAGAGUCGGCGUGCGACGAGUGUCUUCGUAGCGCGUUGAUCGAGCGCAAACUCACGUGCCCGCUUUGCAAUGUGAGCAACAUGUCGCCCGAGAAGCUGCUGCCGAACAAGGUGCUCCGAACUUCCGUGGACGAAUUUUUGCGGCGCGCGCGUACGGAGCAGCAGGAGCGCGAACAACUAGUUAAAGAAGCUGAGGAGAAGGCGCUGGCCAAGCAGAAGGCGGCUGAAUUGGCUGCAAGCUCAGCUAGUCGUCGGUCAGGCGACAGCGCGGAUGCUACUCUGGAAAUCAAGAAGGGCAAGAAAGGAGAUGGCGAGGAGGAAGAAGAGGACGAGUUCGGCGGCGACAUUUUUGGUGAUGGUGACGAAAAUGAAGACACCUCCUCUCCGCAAAAGUCGGCUACACCAGCGUCUGCAUCUCCUCCGCAACAAGUACAGCAGCCUCCACUACCGAAGGAUGAAGGAGCAACUGAAACCACCAACGAGACGGGUGGUCCUUCGCGAAAGACCAGCGACGCAUCACCUACGGAUGGAGGACAAGCGUCUGACAGUAAAGAAAAGGGAUCGCCGAGCUCCGGACCACAGCAAGGCCCGCCAUCAGGAAAUGGUCAGGGUCCUCCAGGACACCAGAUGCCUUGGGGUCCUGACGGACCCCGUGGUCCUUCGAUGGGCUUUAACGGUCCUCCUGGACCGUGGUUUGAUGGCCCCCCACGUGGGCAACCUGGUCCAUGGUUUGAUGGUCGUCCUGGUCCAUGGUUUGAUGGUCCAUUCCCUGGCCCUGGCGGACGUGGCGGCAUGAAGGGCGGUCGAGGUGGCCGUGGGCGUGGAGGCCGGGGAAUGCCCCCUCCAGGCUUCUUUGGUGGCCCAGGCCCGGAUUACUUUGGCCCUCCCCCUGGACACCCAGACUACUUUGGUCCUCCCCCGCCGUGGUUUGAUGGGCCGAUGCCGCUAUUUGGAGGCCGUGGAGGCGGUGGAGAUCGCUGGUUUGAAGGAGGAGAACGGGGCGGCCCCCGAGGACGUGACGACGACCGUCGACGUAACCGCUCCACGUCUCGUGAUAGGGAUCGCUCCCGUGCUCGAGACCGCUCAACUGGCCGCGAUGGAAAGAGCGAGCGAGACCGUCGUGGCGGCGACGCGAAAGAUUCCAGAGGAUCGCGCAGCGGUGACCGAGACCGAGACAGGGAACGCAGCAAGCGCAGUCGAAGCCGUAGCCGCACGGCUCAAGCACAUGGCCGCAGCCGCAGCAACUCGCGCUCCCGCUCAGACAAGAAGAGAGCUCGCGAAAACGAAAGCUCGUCUCGUAUAUCCUCGUCUCGUCGGUCACGCAGUACAAGCCGUAGCCGCCAUCAUCGUGACCACAAGAAAAAAGCCGAAAGAGGAAGAGAAGAAACAAGAAAGCACGGUUAA